AUGGGCGUGGUUGCGAAAUUAUGGAAAGUACGGGGACCUCUCCUCGGCCAAGUGAGCAAAAAGGAUUUCAUCCUCGAUAAGCAAACUUUAUCGAAUCCUGAGGAUGGAGAAUUCCUCGCAGAAGCCGUCUACCUCGCCGUUGACCCAUAUAUGAAAGCGUUUGGGUUUCAACAUAAGAGUGGUGAGGUCAUGUCGUCGAUACAUCCCUUUUUGAACCAAGUGGCCAGAGUCACGGAGAGUAAGAAUAAGAAAAUUCCAGUUGGAACAAUGGUAAGUUGUUCUAAAGGAUGGAGAACGCACUUCAUCAGCGAUGGAACUGAUAUGACCGUCGUACCAGAUGUCGAUGGCCUGUCACCAUCACAUGCCCUUGGAGCAUUGGGUAUGCCCGGGCUGACAGCAUAUUAUUCCCUAAUGGAUGUUUGCCAACCUAAAGCGGGCGUCAUUGUAGUGAACACAGCUGCAGGAGCUGUUGGUUACCUCACAGUUCAAAUCGCCAAAGCUGUGGGCUGCAAAGUUAUUGCAUACGCUGGAACCGAUGAGAAGUGUGCCUGGCUGAAAGAACUGGGAGUAGAUUACGCCUACAACUACAAGUGUAUAGUGCUGCGCACUAUACCAGUAUUUAUGGAACAAUCUCUUCACGUUGAUCAUGAACUGCAGUAAAUAUAUUCCUUUCGUUCAAAUAUUGUUUCAUGUCGCGAACGAGUGAGGGCUCCCAAUAAGGACUUCCAGUUAAAAGACCUUCGACCUUAGUUGAUGAUAUGGUGUUUGUACGAUAUGAAAGUUGUUAUUGAUGUUUGCUUAGAGUCCUUCUCAGACCCCUCGCUUGUUUGCGUGUCAUGAAGCAGUAUCAUGUUGCAAUGCUACCAUUUAGGCCUUUCGCUU